GCUGGUCUAGAGUUGUGUGAUGGGGUGAAUGCGGGUCCACUCGCAUCGCUGCAAGUCGAAGCACAUAGCUGAAGCCGCCGCCUGGAGGAGAGGGCGCACAGCAGUCAGUCUCCUGCUGUGUUGGAGAGCAGAUCCGGAGACAUUUCCCUGUGUCCGUCAGAGCAGCCGCGUUGACUCGUCCGCAGAUCAACUUGUCGCUGCUGUCAAAGCCGCUUUGCUUCCUUCCUCCCCGUCUGCGUGUGCAACUGUUGCGCGUCUUCGCUUAGGAUAGAAACGGCCAGAUUACCCUCCUGCGCGCCGCAGAGCGCACCAGCUUCUUUUCCUUUUUUUUUUUUUUCCCCUUUACUUCGUGAAAAGUGGGAGACAUCUCACCUCGGGAGUGCAGGGCGAUGGAGAAUUUCUGAUCUGGCAGCUCCGUCUCCGUUCACUGUAACGCUUCCUUUUUUUUUGGCCGCUUCCAAAGGGUUGGCCCAUGCGCAGGCAUCCCGUUGAGUGUGAUUCUAUUUUCGCCCAGAUCUCUGCUUCCUGGACAAAUGCAUACAAAUGCAUUUAGGAGCCCAACGGACAAGGAGUGGACACGUUUCCGCGGCUGCAACGUGGAACUUUCUCCUGCUCCUGUCAGUAUGCUCAGCAGUACCCUCUGCAGAAGACAACUACUCUGCUCAAGGAGUGGAUAUUCUCUAUCAACUGGGACUUGCAAAUCAAAGCAGAACAGACAAUUUGUACGAGAGGACCACCUCCCCUCAUGCCACUUACACCAAUGGCCCCCUGCCUUCAAAAAGCCCGCUUCCUGGAUACGGGGUGGUUUUCGACACAAACUCCCUCUAUGAGAUCCCAGCAAGCAGUCUGUUCCAUUCAGAGUUUGGAGUUGAGUUUUCUUUUGUGAUUAGUCUGAGCUCCUGGCGAGCCAACAAUGCUUUUGUGUUUAGUGUUAAAGAUGGCAGGGACAGACUGCGUUUUGGCAUUCAACUGCUGCCACGAAAGGUGGUAGUCUACACUGCAGAGAAAUCCUCCAGCUACUUCACCCACAGCUGGCAGGAUGGACAGCAGCAUGCUUUUGCUGUUGGUGUGCGAGCACGUUCGGUCUCCUUCUAUGAGGCCUGUGGAGCGGUGCAGCAGCGAGAGCAGACCUUGGGAAGAUCUCAGAGACUGGGAGAAUCUGGGAAUCUCUUCGCUUUGGGCAGGAUGAACUCAAAGGCAGUUCCGUUUCUCGGUCGAAUCUGCCAGUUAGACAUCUAUCCCUCGGCUCAAGCUGCUGCACACUACUGCAACUACCUUAAAAAACAGUGUCGCCUGGCUGACACUUAUCGAUCCCCGUUGCCGCAUUCUGGUUUGGAUUUCGAAGCUAAUGACCGUCCCUCAAACCCUUCAACAAUGUCCCCUGUUGGAGUAGCGGCUACCCACCAAGUUUCUAUCAAAGCUACAACAGCUGAAAAUGUUUUGCCAACUGGUCAAGUUAACACGCAGUCUUCAACUCUGAGCCCAACGACACAACUACAUCCAAGGGAACAAAGCCACAUUUCAACACUGAAACCCUUAGCCUUUUCCACCCCUUUUUUCCUUGAGCCUAACAGCCCCACACAGGCAACUCUGAGCAGACAAGCAUUAGACUUUGCCCACAGUAGUACAGUUACCACUACAAAAAGCGAGUUAGCCAACGGAAGUCAACCCAAGGCAGAGUCGGACUACUCUGAGAACAGCACAGAGGAAGAAAUCAGUUCUAGGAAUCUACAUAUUCUAGAAGGUUCUCCAGCCGUUAUUUCUCCAUUCAGGCAAAGUCAAGUGAAAGAAGGACGUAGGAACACCUUCAGGGACUCUGGCCUCAGGCCUCAACAGACUCAACAAUUUCUGGAGCCUCAUCUAAAAGCCAAUGGUACAACUUUGUACAGGGAAAACCAGGUGGAAACUGCAGAACAUCACGCUUUGGAUGGCAGCUAUGAAGAUGUAGACUAUGGAGGAUAUGAUUACGGAUAUGAGGAGCCAGACAUCUUUUAUGAGUAUGAAGAUGGUUUCCGUGGUCCCAAAGGAGAGCCCGGUCUGCCGGGUCCUCCCGGUCCGCCUGGUUUACCUGGUCCCCCUGGAAAGAGAGGUCUAAGGGGUCCAACCGGUCCACCUGGAAAACCUGGACAACCCGGACCACCUGGUCCCAAGGGUUCAAAAGGAGAUCCAGGGCUGUCUCCAGGCCAAGCUUCACCAGGGGAAAAGGGUGACAGAGGUCCACCUGGUCCGCCUGGGCUGAAAGGAUUUCCAGGACCACCGGGUCCUAAGGGUUACCAAGGUACACCUGGCCCGCCAGGAGAACAGGGCAUACCAGGACCUCCAGGGGAGUCUGGAGCUGCAGGUUACCCUGGCAGGCAGGGCUUAGCCGGGCCACAAGGUAGCCCCGGACCUAAAGGUGUCCGCGGUUUUAUUGGGCCUCCUGGUGUUUCUGGGCCACCAGGGCUGGAGGGGGAGAAAGGCAUUCCUGGUCCUGUUGGGAAACCUGGCCCCAAAGGAAGACACGGUGUGGUGGGAGACGUUGGGGAGAGGGGACCCCCUGGUCCAGAUGGCAACCAGGGGCCUGUCGGUGGGUCUGGAAUCACCGGCUUUCCGGGUUUGAGGGGGGAUCCGGGACCAGAAGGACCACGAGGACUUCCUGGUAUGGUGGGACCUCUGGGCCCAGCAGGACACACCGGCCUGCCCGGAUUGAAAGGUGAUAAGGGUGAAGUGGGUCAAAGGGGUGAGCCAGGAGAGACGGGCUACCAAGGUGACAAGGGUGCCGCUGGCGCUUCUGGUCCCAGUGGGCCCAGAGGGAAACCAGGACCACCGGGGAGAAUUGGAGAUAUUGGGACACAAGGACCACCUGGGCCACCAGGACCAGAGGGGUUUCCUGGAGACAUCGGUGUGCCAGGCCCCAAUGGCCCACCUGGACCUAAGGGUUUACAGGGUGCAAGAGGGCCCCAAGGACCACCAGGACCAAAAGGAGUACAGGGUGAUGAAGGCCCUCCCGGCCCUCCUGGCGGCAUUGGCCCCACUGGGCGAUCAGGGAGGAAAGGCUAUGCAGGUGAACCUGGACCUGAGGGGCUACCGGGAGAGAAAGGGGACACCGGAGAUGUUGGGAAAAUCGGACCACCGGGUCCGGCUGGCCUAAUUGGGAUGGCUGGGGUGAUGGGAGUUCCCGGUGAAAAGGGUGACCGGGGGCUACCAGGUCCAACAGGUCCUGUCGGAGAGAAGGGGCCAAGGGGAUACCCAGGAAUACCAGGAAGUCCUGGGGAUAUCGGCAUGCAAGGUUUACCUUCUACGAAGCUCUGGAUCCACUGGCUGUACUCUGACUCGUCCUCACCUGUGAGGAGACCGACGAUUGCAGAGUCAUCAGAGAACCUCUGCAGGUGGCAGCCUGAUCAGCGUGUCAGAGACACAGCCCUGUGUCCUCACAUUCUCCGGUCUACCAGUGAGGUAAUCCAGGAUCCACUGCGGCAGGUGGUGGUCCAGUCCUGA